AUGAGUAAUUUGUUCUCGAGGUGGAGACAAAAACCCCCUUUUUCAAAAGAUGGAAAGCUAUUUGGGAGAGCUACGUUGGAUGAACAAAGGAAAAUAGAGAUGCUUCUUUUUCGUUCCAGUGCGGCGGACGCAGAAUUUGGUUUUCACACUAUUGCUUUGCUUCUACUACUCCUAUGCAUGGUUAUGGUGGAAUCAUCAGCACAAGGAGGAGGCUUUGACGUGGUAGAAUUUGGGGCUGUUGGAGAUGGUGAAACAGAUGAUUCUAAGGCUUUUCAGAAGGCUUGGAAAGAAGUUUGUGGAUCUACAUCAAAUGAAAAUUCUAGUCUCCUUGUACCAAAGGGUAAGACAUUCUUGUUGAAGACGGCGUUGUUCGAAGGCCCAUGCAAAUCCCCUUCAAUCAAUUUUCAGGUUUUAGGCAACAUUAUAGCACCAAUCAAGAAAGAUUUUGGUAAUGGAACAAGAUUUUGGCUAGUUUUCAGCAAAGUAGAUGGACUUAUUGUCAAUGGAGAUGGAGACGUUGAUGGCAAUGGGCCAAGUUGGUGGGCAAUUUGUGGAAAAGUUUUGACAAUCAACAGUUGUAGGAAUCUUCAAGUUAGCGAAUUGAGAAUUACAAACGCUCCACAAAAUCACAUCUCAAUGACAAACUGUGCUGACAUCACAAUCUCCAACAUCAAUAUAACAACACCCGGCACAGUCCCUAAUACCGAUGGCAUCGAUAUCUCUCUGUCCACCAGGGUUACAAUUCAAGAUUCCGUCAUCAAAACGGGUGAUGAUUGCAUUGCUCUCAAUACUGGCUGCUCCUACGUCAACAUUACCGGAGUACAUUGUGGCCCAGGCCAUGGAAUAAGCAUUGGAAGCUUGGGAAAAGAUGGGAGUAAAGGAACCGUGGAAGAGGUGCAUGUAGUAAAUUGCACCUUCUUUGGGACUCAAAAUGCGGCAAGGAUCAAGACAUGGCAGGGUGGCUCGGGAUUUGCUAAGAAUAUCUUGUUCAAGGACAUUACCCUAGUUGAAUCUAAGAACCCCAUCUUGAUUAACCAGUACUAUUGCGACGGUAGCAAGAAUUGCAAAAAUCAAACGUCGGCGGUGAAGAUAAGUGACAUCUCAUUCAUCGGAUUUACCGGGACGUCUGCCUCCCGAGCGGCGGUCCAAUUACUGUGCAGUGAAAGCGUAGGUUGCAAUCGGCUAGUGCUGGAUGGGAUCAGCAUAACAGCAUCAGCUAAUGCUGGAGGGGGAAAAGAUGGUUAUAUUUCCUCAAAAUGCAUCAAUGCCCAUGGAACUUCAAGUGCUUCUAACAUGCCUAGUGUUCCCUGCUUACUUCCCAAUGAAGAUGAUAAGCCUCUACACAGUUAA